AGCGGGUACACGUCUGAUAGCAGAGCGGAGAAAAACUGCGACAUCACCGAGGGCCAAAAUGGAGAAAGUUUUUCCCUCGCGGCCCCUCCCUGCCAUCUCGGUUUUGAGUCAACAUACGGCUCCCCACAAUUACCUCGCCCGAGAGAGAUGGGGCGGGUCCCCCUGCUCCCGGACCCCAGCCAAGCCCGUGCUGCAGGACUGACACAGCAUCUCGUUCUGGGAUCUCAGAGGCCGAUUCUCCUCGGGGGAUUUGCAUCAGAAGGGCCAGGGAAAGAACCGUGA